AAAACAAAAAAAAUUCUAAGUUCACAACAUUUUUUUCUAUCUAUACAAAUAAACUCUAACCAUUUUCUCUUCACGAAAAUUUAUUCAUUACAAAUCUAACCAUUUUCUUGAUCCAAUGGCACCAUCAAUUGCACAAAAUGAACAUAUUAAUGGAGAAGUAGAAGAAGUGGCUAUGGAUUUGUGCAAGAAAUCAAAUUAUGAUCCAUUGAAUUGGGAAAUGGCUGCUGAUUCUUUAAGAGGGAGUCAUUUGGAUGAAGUGAAAAAGAUGGUGGAUGAAUUUAGAAAGCCAAUUGUGAAACUUGGGGGUGAAACUUUGACUGUUGCACAAGUUGCAUCCAUUGCAAAUGUUGAUAACAAAAUUAAUGGUGGGGUCAAAGUAGAACUUUCUGAAAGUGCAAGGGCUGGUGUGAAAGCUAGUAGUGAUUGGGUGAUGGAUAGUAUGAGUAAAGGUACAGAUAGUUAUGGUGUUACUACUGGAUUUGGUGCAACAUCUCAUAGAAGAACAAAAAAUGGUGGUGCUCUUCAAAAAGAACUUAUUAGGUUCUUGAAUGCUGGAGUUUUUGGCAAUGGAACAGAAACAUCUCACACAUUGCCACAUUCAGCAACAAGGGCAGCUAUGCUUGUUAGGAUCAACACUUUGCUUCAAGGCUACUCUGGCAUUAGAUUUGAAAUCUUGGAAGCAAUUACUAAGUUGAUCAACAGCAACAUCACCCCGUGUUUGCCCCUCCGUGGUACGAUAACUGCCUCGGGUGAUCUUGUACCUUUGUCCUACAUUGCUGGUUUGCUCACUGGCANAAUCAAUUUCUAUAACAUCACAGAUCAUAUCAUAUUUCUUAGAAGUAGAAGAAAUAGAAUAGAAGACCCCGUGCCGUCUGGUAGGUUUCAUAAUUCAGGGCCGGGGGAUUCGGCCCUGUUAACAAGUUGUUAUAUGUCACCUGAAUACACUAUGGGAGGACUAUUCUCUGAGAAACCUGAUGUCUACAGCUUUGGUGUUUUGCUCCUAGAGAUUGUCAGAGAUGAAAAAAUGCAGUUGAGCGCUUUUACUAUGAAACUUGUAAGCUACUGCUCAGUGGCUACUGCUCAGUGGCUUUAG